AUGGAUUCCUUGGCAGAUAAUAUUUUGGCAUUGGUACUUGCGAGAUUACCGAUUAAGAUCUUCACAGCUUUCAAACUUGUUUGCAAGAAGUGGAAAUCAAUCGUAGAGUCUCCGUCUUUCCGUAACCUUUUCUUGUCCAUGCACCAAAACUCGGCCUCUUCCUCGUGGUCCCUCAUGUCCAUCUUGUACACCGAUCACGUAGACCCAGAGAUCGUGGGCUACCACUACCAAUGCGACACUUGGGGACUUAAACGACCGGUGGGCUCUUUCAUCAAAUCUUUCUUAAACGACCAGAACCCGAACCACAAAUACCUACAAGUAAGUGCCGUGGCUUACUCCGACGUUGGGUUGAUCUUAGUCUACGCAACGUCAAAGAUCAUGGAGAAUUCAUCCCUCUACGUGGCUAACCCGGUUUCACGUGAGUGCGUAGAAAUAUUUAUGGAUCCUCUUCCUAAAGGGGUUGAAAGGAGUCAGUUUUGUUUCUGGCAAUGGGGAAUAGCCACACGAACUGAGAACGGCAUCGUUUUGGGUUACACAAUUGUUGUCUUUAACCAAAAGUGGCGUCACACUAAGCUAAGUUGUCUGAUAUAUUCAUCCGAGACAGGCCUGUGGAGUCUGGAUGAUACUUCCUUUCCCAACUAUCAAUACUCUCUAGAUUCGAUUAGCUUGAACGGUAGUCUUCACUGGUUCGCCCGGAACAGUGACAAUCAAGAAGUUGUAUUAUCCAUGGAUUUCAAUACUAAUAAUAAUAGCACCGGUUCUGAUCGAUGCUUCCGUGUUACGCCUUUUCCUGAUUUAGGGAGAACUACCAAAUUCAGAAGAGCAUGUACACCUUGUCGUGGGUCUCUCAUGUAUAUGAACAUAGUUUGUGCGAGCGUAGAAGAGAAGUUGUGUGUAUGGAGGCUUCAGAGCGAGGGAUGGCAAUUAAUAUCUGAAAUAUUCCCAGGUCCUAUCUUGACGGGUUACGAUUUCGAGUAUUCCCUGAUGACCAUAAACCCCAUUGAUGCGAACACAGCCUACUUUUGGAGCACGAAACACGAAAGCUUGCUAUAUAUUAACUUACACAACGGUAAGUCUGUGACCUAUAAUCAGUUCGAACUUACAAGCGACGGUCGCGCUACUAUGAUUCCUGCUCACGACCCGAGAGCUGUUAUUUCUCUCAAAAAGGCAUACUUCGAAACAGCAGACCUUCUUCCGUUCAUUCUCCCACAAUGGCUGUAUCGAAUCCGGAACACGUGA